GUCUUACGUUGUGUUAGUUACAUAUGCCCUGUGGUGACACAUUUUAUCAGCAGGUAUAAAAAUGCAACCCAUAUGGCCAAUAGUUACAUGGUUGAUACUUAUUUCUUUGCACGCCUUGCAUUGUCAGAACAACUGCGGCCAGUCAUCAAAUUGUUGUCAAAAUUGCUCGGCAUCUCCCUGCCAAACAUCAGCCUGUUGCCAAACAACAUCCUGCUGUCAGACGACAACGAAUUGCUGUCAGAAGAUCUCAAGCUGUUGCAAUACAUGCCAAACUGGAUGUCAAACCUCGACAUGCGCAGUUCAAUGUAAAAUAGAUUGUUGUAGAGAGAAAUGUGACAAAGAAGAUGAGAAAGAAGACAAUAAAAUAAUAGAAAGAAUAAUCGAGACAAAGCAAACAAGCAAUGUCAACGAAAACAAAAUUGAUUUUACUGUACCAAUAGGAAUAAACAACACGAUAACUCAGGAAAAUCAUAUAUACCUUCCUAUCAAUAUCUCCAAUACUAAUGUCAACAGUGUCAUCGUAGCGGUGUUAGGAAACACUGCUGGGUCUACAACACCCUCACCCACGACUCCAUCUACCAUAAUUACUUGGCCUACUACUCCAACUACAACCCCAGUACCAACCACAACUCCUUGUCCCACAAUUCCACCACCUACAACACCAUGCCCCAGGCCUCCAUGUCCCACGUAUCCAAUAAUAUAUCCCAUAAUCAUACCCAUAUACUAUCCCAUUCCCUAUCCCAUACCUCAGCCCAAUCCUGGCUGUUGCGUAAUUAUCAACCCAUGCAGCACGUACGGGUGCCAACCUUACCAGAGACAGUGCGGUUUUGAAUGCUCCCAGUCUUUCUUGUACAGACCUAUUAAUCCUUGCCAGAGUGGUUGCUACAAGAGACCUUAUACCUUCAGCUCAUAUUGCUAUGAAUCAGGUCAAUGUUACAACAACUUUGUUGACUGUAAUCAGUGCAAUUAUAACUUUUAUCAGAGUUAUGGAGAAUAUUUGAAGUGUGGGAAUUGUUUUUAUAGAUGAACUGUAUUAAAAAAUAGAGCGAUCAGAAUGACUGAUGACUGACUACUGCAAUAAAAACUCUUUUUUUAUUUGUCACAUAUAUGUAUGUAUUUAG